AUGUCGACUGCUCUGACUGACACCUACGGAAACUAUCAAAACGACAUGGAAAGAACACUUGGUUCACUACGAAAUCAAGUCGCACAACUUCAACAGGAUCUCCCUAAAAUGAUAAAGGAUGUUCAGCCGAACAGCAAAGAGAUCUUGAACGCUGUGAAAUCCACGAAACGAGUGAGCGGGCCGCAACGUGUUGUUGUUGAAGUGUUCGCAUGGUCAUCCGUGAUGGUGUUAGCCAGCACGAUUGGGUCAAUGCUCGGCGCUUACAUACUUGGACCAUUUGCGUCCUUGUUUUUUGGAAAAUUCGCUGCAGCAUUAUUGGCGUUCUUCAUUAUUCCUGUCGUCUCACACGCUACCAUCAAAAAUAAAGAACGGCACUUUGAGAGUGACAACCGGAUCAGAACAAUGCUGCUUUCGACCUCGAUUGGCCAAGGAGCACUAGCCGGUUACGCCAUAAACUCUUUGUACCUGUCGGCACAACCGCUAGCUUUUGUCACUCCGGCUGUCGUCUCCGUUGGUUACACGAUAUCCGUGCGUCAAACAAAUGGCGAUCGUGCACAAAUUCUCGGGAUUUCACUUGGAUUAGCAUGUUUGACGAAUGUAUUACUAGGAACGAUGCUUAGCGGAAACACUUCGUCCUAUCAAUUCCUCACUCUUGGCUACGUUGGAAUAGCUGGAGUGAUUAUGCAGCUCGUCUUACACGAUUCAUCGUCCCGAGGUUACACCUAUCAGAACGCUCUAAACUCUCUGUACCUGCUUUUCAAGGGAGCGACUUACUACUGCUUCGGAACUUACAUCGAAUGA